CAGCACUGUAAAAAUUACUUUAUACUGGAGGAUCAGAUUCUUCAAUUGUGAAAGGGCACAAAAACAAGAACCAACCACUAGUUAGUGAACACAACUUCAACAAUGUAAUAAGCAUUUUGGUCUUUCGGGAUUGUUGACAAGGGAGUGAUGCUUUUCUGGGUAAACUUUAUUUAACAAUUGAUUGCUUUUUGGGUUCAGUUUCGGAGCCAGAAUCAUAUGCCUUGCAGUUGCAGAGGGCAUCCGAUUUUCUCUUGCUCAAUCCAAUCCUUUGCUUCAAGCUACCUCAAUUUUAUUUCUGAAUAUUGCAUUUGCCUCAGAAACUACUCACCUCCACAUUUCUCUAUAACCAGAAAAAUGACACUAUGACCACCCCGCCGUCUCAACCACCGCCACAAAAUACCCUCCGUAAACUUCUUGUGGAAGUUGUCGACGCACGUCACUUACUUCCAAAGGACUGCCAGGGAAGUUCCAGUCCCUACGUCAUCGCCGACUUUGACGGCCAAAGAAAACGAACCUCCACGAAGUUUCGCCAGCUCAAUCCAGUAUGGAACGAGUCACUGGAGUUCGUUGUGUCGGAUCCAAAAAACAUGUACUACGAACAGCUGGAUAUCCAGGUGUACAAUGACAAAAAGUACAGCAAGAGCAGUGGCCGUAAGAAUCACUUCUUGGGAAGGGUAAAGUUGUACGGUAGCCAAUUCUCAAAGCGUGGAGAAGAAGGAUUGAGGUAUCUUCCUUUAGAGAAGAAAAGUUUUUUCAGCUGGAUUAGAGGAGAAAUCGGCUUGAGAAUUUGUUACUACGAUGAGUUGGUUGAAGAGGAGCAGCCGCCGCCGCCUAAUCAACCGCCUCCGGAAGAACCAUCGCAGAAGGCGCGCGGUGUUGUUGUCGUUGAGGAAGGUCGAGUUUUUGAGGUUCCUGGACACGUGGAGAUUUGUCAUCCUGUUCCAGAAAACUUCCAUAGCCAACCGGCACCUGUUACCAUAAUCGAGGAAUUUCCACCGCACGUGGUGCAAGUACCACUGGAUCCACCUCAUCAUCCGCCGCUAGAUAAGCCGAUUCCGGUGGCGGAGGUGAGGAGGAUGCAGAGCGCAGCUGUUGAGGGAAUUAGAGUUUUGAAAAGACCAAAUGGAGAAUUUUCACCAAGAGUGAUCUAUACUGGUAAAAAAGCUCCCGGAGAAACUGAACUAGCCGACAGAAUCCAUCCGUACGAUCUGGUUGAGCCGAUGAUGUAUCUAUUUGUGAAAAUCGUUAAGGCGCGUGGGUUAGCUCCAAACGUGGGUCCCUAUGUGAAAAUCAGAACGUCCAAUCAUUUAAGGAAAUCCAAACCAGCAAUGCAUCGUCCCUGUGGCUGUGAGCCAACUGACGCCCCCGAGUGGAACCAGGUAUUCGCACUGGUUUACAAUAAGAAUGACUCUGCCAACGCGCUUUUAGAAAUCUCCGUUUGGGACUCUCAUUUGGAGAAUUUCCUCGGCGGUGUUUGUUUCGAUCUCUCCGAUGUUCCCGUGCGAGACCCACCAGAUAGUCCGCUGGCCCCACAGUGGUAUAGCCUGGAGAGCGGACCUCCCCAACAAGAAAGCAGGAUUUCCGGUGAUCUUCAGCUGGCUGUAUGGAUUGGGACUCAAGCAGACGACGCGUUUCCUGAAGCUUGGGGCCCCGAUGCGCCGAACGUGGCACAUACGCGCUCUAAGGUUUAUCAAUCGCCGAAACUCUGGUAUUUGAGAGUUACUGUGAUUGAAGCUCAGGACCUUCACGUUGCUCAUAAUUUACCUCCGUUAACGGCGCCGGAGAUUGGAGUGAAAGCUCAGUUAGGUUUUCAGUCUGCACGGACUAGACUUGGGUCUAUGAACAAUCACAGUUCAUCGUUUCAUUGGAACGAGGACUUAUUCUUCGUCGCCGGAGAGCCGUUCGAAGACUCGUUGACGUUGUUGGUGGAGGACCGUACAAGCAAGGAAGCAAUGCCAAUACUCCUGGGACACAUCAUGAUUCCAGUGAGCUCGAUCGAACAACGAAUCGACGAGCGACAAGUGGCGAGCAAGUGGAUUGCAUUGGAGCGACAAAGUGAAGGUUGCGGCUGCGGCGGCAAUGUGCUCUGCUGUGGGAGAAUUCGGCUCAGAUUAUGUUUGGAAGGCGGAUAUCACGUGCUUGAUGAAGCGGCGCACGUGUGUAGUGAUUUUAGACCCACGGCUAAGCAGCUCUGGAAGCCGGCCAUCGGAAUUUUGGAGCUGGGAAUUUUAGGUGCCCACGGCUUGUUGCCCAUGAAAACCAAAAACGGCGGUAAAGGUUCCACGGAUGCUUACUGUGUAGCCAAAUACGGUAAAAAGUGGGUCCGUACGAGGACAAUCACUGACAGCUUCGAUCCACGUUGGAAUGAACAGUACACGUGGCAGGUUUAUGAUCCAUGUACUGUUCUUACCAUUGGAGUUUUCGACAACUGGCGGAUGUUUGCUGAAAUGUCAGAAGACAAACCCGAUUGGCAUAUGGGGAAAAUUCGUAUACGCGUAUCUACUCUGGAGAAUAACAAAGUGUAUACAACUUCGUAUCCUUUGUUGUUACUGAUGCGUUCUGGGUUGAAGAAAAUGGGAGAGGUUGAAUUAGCAGUUCGGUUUGCCUGUCCCUCAAUGUUGCCUGAUACUUGCUCUGUUUAUGGGCAGCCUCUGCUUCCAAGAAUGCACUACUUACGGCCACUAGGGGUGGUUCAGCAAGAGGCAUUGCGUGGGGCUGCAACCAAGAUGGUGGCCGCAUGGCUGAGUCGGUCUGAGCCCCCAUUAGGCCAAGAGGUUGUGAGGUACAUGCUGGAUGCGGAUUCUCAUACAUGGAGCAUGAGAAAAAGUAAAGCAAAUUGGUUUCGGAUUGUUGCGGUCCUUGCAUGGGCAAUUGGAUUGGCUAAAUGGUUGCAUGAUAUUAAAAGAUGGAAGAAUCCGGUGACUACAGUUUUAGUACAUGUGUUGUAUUUGGUUCUUGUUUGGUACCCAGAGUUGGUAGUGCCAACUGGGUUUCUGUACAUUGUGUUAAUUGGAGUGUGUUAUUAUAGGUUCAGGCCCAGGAUACCUUCUUCAGGAAUGGAUACAAGAUUAUCACAGGCAGGAGCUGUUGAACUGGAUGAGUUAGAUGAAGAAUUUGAUAUGAUACCCAGUUCAAAACCACCAGAGAUCGUUAGAACGCGGUAUGAUCGGUUACGUAUUCUGGCUGGAAGGGUACAAACAGUUUUGGGUGAUUUUGCUGCGCAAGGAGAGAGGGUUCAGGCUUUGGUAAGUUGGAGAGAUCCAAGGGCUACUAAAUUGUUUAUUGGUGUUUGUUCAGUCAUUACUUUGGUACUAUAUGUUGUGCCACCCAAAAUGGUGGCAGUGGCACUAGGAUUUUACUACUUAAGGCAUCCCAUGUUUAGAGACCCGAUGCCGGCGGUUUGCCUGAACUUCUUCCGACGGUUGCCCAGUUUAUCAGAUCGAUUGAUGUAGAGUUGAAGAGUAGUAGAUUAGGAGUUAAAAGUAAAUUUGUAGGCCGAAUGAUGGUUGGUGGGGAAGAGAAUGGAACAAAGUUUACUGUUCUGUGUUGGAAAGGGGUGAAAAAAGGGGUUAAAAUGGAAAGUGUCAUUAUUUUAUUCGAAAAAAGGAGGUGAACAGAAGAGAUAGUCGGGAGAGGAAGAAAAUUGAGUGAAACCCAGAAAUUACUGUAAAAAUGUAAAGAAAAGUGUGAACACUGAGCUGCUUUAUUGUGAAAAUCCUGAUGAUUAAUUAUAUUAUAUUAUUUUCAUAACAGUUAAACAAUAUAUAUAGGUCAAAGAGGUAUGGCUGGCACUUGGCCACAGGCCAUGUUAUUGCUAUGUAACCAUUGGUAGUCUGAUAAUCUAACAUUGAUUAGACACGGGAGAUAUUAUAUAUGUAUAGACUGCGAGCUCCCAAGUGCUUGGACAUACUAUGCAAAACUUUAUAUGGGCCUUAAAUAGUAUUAUCAUGGAGAGAAUUGGUGCACCACUGAUCAGAAAUAAAAGAGGACCUUGGAUUGGGUACAAAUUUCUUGUGGAUUUUCACAAUUCUCGCAGAAAAAUGGCCACAAAUGAACAUAGGAAUACCAAAAUUAUAGGAUGAGCAUUAGAGAAUAAAAAGGGUGACUAAUUUUGCAUUCUGAAUUACAUCAACAAUCAAGACUUGGAAACCCCAUUCCAGACCAGCUGCCACAGCCUCCACUUCAGGAUUGAAUUUCCAGAAGAAGCUCAAUAACCCAGAAUUCGGUGAAUCAAGAUUUAGUUAAUAUGGGAGAGACAGAAAAAUAAGAAAAAAUUGACAGCGAAGCCAAAGGGAAGGGCAAGCAGGAAAAGAAAAAGAAGCACGAGGACAAGAAGAAUAAGAAGGGAGGAGAUGAGAAAACUAAAGAUAAGAAGAAGAAGAAGAAAGACAAAGAAUGUACAGAUAAGGAGGACAAAGAAGAUGGUGGAAAGGAGAAGAAGAAAAAGAGCCCUGAAGAUGAAAGGGAUCCACAGAAGCUAAGGGCUAAGCUUGAAAAGUUAGAUGCCAAGAUGCAGGCACCAGCUGUAAAGAAACAAGAAGUUUUGAAACUGCUUCAGGAAGUCGAAAAAACUCCCUCAAAUCCAACUGGAUGAUGAUGAGCCUGAAGCUCCACUAUCUCAGGUUACUUUUCUUGUAUGAAAAGAAAUGUAAAUGCAAAAGCUUCAAGGACUUUUUGCAUACAGGUACAGACAUAGUGUUAUUUCAAUAAACCUGAAAAUAAAAUUUGUAUCUAUUUUCUUUGAA